UAUGAAAUAUACCUACCUAUUUCCACCUAUCAUCCCCAUCCAUAAAUCUGUCUAAUCUUCUCUUAAAGCUCCCUAAUGACUCAGCACUAACAACUUGAUUACUAAGUCCGUUCCAUUCAUCUGCCGUUCUUUUUGAGAACCAAUUCCUUCCUAUCUCUUUUUUCAACCUAAAUUUUUCAAGUUUGAACCCGUUAUUUCUUGUUCUAUCCUGGUGACUGAUCCUAAGACCUUUGCUUACGUCCCCCUUGUUAUAACCCUUAUACCACUUAAAGACUUCUAUCAGGUCCCCUCUUAGCCUACGUCUCUCUAAAGAAUGUAAAUUUAACAGCUUGUCUUGCUUCGUAAGGAAUACUCCUCAUCUCCUGUAUCCUUUUAGUCAUUCUCCUUUGUACUUAUUCUAAUAGAUCUAUAUCCUUCCUGUAAUAUGGGGACCAGAACUGCACAGCGUCGUCUCGUGGAACAUCUCGUUUCGUAAAGCAGGUGACUACGUUUCAUAUGCAGGUUGAUGAGCGGCAUUUAACCUUGACUUAAUGAACAAUGGUGGCAGAAAGGCACAUGGCGUGACCUCGUGCAGGGAAGGGAGCCUGGCCGAGAGAAGGCAAUCUCCGGAUGAGCCAACCUUCGCUUCAUUAUCGUAACAUGGCUUCGGCAGCGUCCGGUAAGUGCCAGACCUUGUAGUUAGUGGUGAGGCGUGGGAGUGCGAGGUGAAGGUAGGGGCGGGGCGGGGCGGAGCGCCGAGAGAAUGAAGACACGGUAGGAGUAAGCUAGAUAUGUACGCCAGUCGUGGAUCGUCCUCUGCCACGCUUACAUCCCAGUGCUUGCCUCCCUCACUCCCGCCACCACCGCGCCGCCACGCUCCUCCACACACAGAGGUUUAGUGGAUGUGCUUCUCGACUCCCAAUGCUCUCUGGAGGGAGCCCCCCACAAGGCCUCGAGUGAGUGGGCGAGGCAGGACAGCAGUGUGCCGGGACCUUACCUGCAGGGAACGUCACCGAGAUGACUCAUGCCACUGUGCUCCUCUCGCUCCUGUGGCUACUGCUGUGCGGUUGUGCAGACAGGUCCUGGGGCUCCCUGGUGGCGGAGUUCGAUCAAAAGGGACUGAGGGGCCAGGUGGGUUUCCUGGAGUCCUCUGACGGAGAGGUGGUGGUGGCAGCCAGCGUGAAGGGCACCGUGAAGGGAGAGGCGUUUGUGUGGAAGGUCUACAGCACCCCAGUGGCUCCCUACGAGGCGUGUGUCCCGGAGAACUAUGGCGCAGAGUUACUGGACUUGAGUAACGCGCACGGCCUUCUGGAGGGCGAGAGUGUGGUGGGUGUGGGGCGACUCGAGCUGUGGCGUCUCCUGGAUCGCCCUCUGGUGCUGAAGUCCCUCCUAACUCUACGGGUCGUGUGUGCCGCCCUUACCCCCGCCACGCCCUCCCCCGCCACGACCUACACCGCCCGCUUCGUGGCCGCCCUUGCUGGCACCAUGUUCUUCAGACAGGUGGAGCUGCAGCCUGCGGCGGUGACAGGUGUCCGCAUCAACCUGGUGGGCGUCAGUCCCCACGUGGCGCCUCCCCUCACUCUCAACUGGAGGCUCUUCGCGAGGAAGCACGAGAGCGAGGGGGAGUCGCUGCAGCACAUGAGGGACGGUUGCUCCUCCCUCGCUCCCUUCCCUGGGACGCUGGUGCACGAAGCCCUGCAGCCCAUCCCCCUCCAUGGUCAUGCGGCGAGGCACACGCGCCACUACCAGCUGGAGAGACUGCCGGACCUCAACGCGCUGACCCGGAAGGGGACAGUCUACGUGGUGGUGUAUGACGGGGAGCGGGUAGUGGCAUGCUCCAGGCUCACGCGCCCCAGACCUCGCCGCGCCUCCGCUAUCUUCAGGCCCUACGUGGGUGGCGUGAGGCGUGGUGGCAAUGGAGGCGUGGCUGGGAUAGUCGAGCUUUACCAGGUGUCCCCACUCGACCCUGUCAAGCUGACUAUCAACCUCACAGUGUCUGGCGGGGACGCCGCGGCCUUCGGGAUCGACAACUUCGCUUCCAGUGACAGAUUUUCCUGCAGCGGACUCUCCCGUCGCUUCUACGAGCCGUGGGGCGUCGACUUGGACCUGACACCCGUCCCAAGGCAAGGCACCAAGGACCUGUAUCCGGCGGGAGACCUGAGUGGCAAGUUCGGCACACUUCAAGGGUUGGCCGUGGCGGUGGCCACACUGGUGGACCCGACAAUCACGCUCUUCGGGAAACACAGCGUGCUUGGUCGUGCCGUGGCUGUGUACGACCCCGAGUGGCGAGUGCUGGGCUGCGCGGACCUGGUGGCCGAGGGAAGGCAAUUGCGGGCGUCAGCGUACUUCACCGGCAAUAUCACCGGGGAGCUGCGUUUGUCACAGUCCGCAGACUCCCUGUUCUCGGAGACCACCGUGUACAUGCGCCUCCACCACUCAGGAGGCCCGGACACAGCGGGACAUCUCUGGCACGUGCACGAGCGAGACGCGAAGAGAGGCAAUGACUGCACCUUCGUAGGGGAUCACUUCGAUCCCUUCGCUAUAAGCCUCGGCGACAGAGCGCAGGGCGGCGGGGGCAUCGUGGACGGCCUGAGCCUCCCGCACGCAGCACUCGAGGUGGGGGACCUGAGCGGGAAGCACGGACACCUGGCCAUCCCGGGGCCCUGGACAGCGCGAGACGACUGGAGCGCGGGGCAACACCAGUGGACGGAUGAGUGGCUGCCUCUUGUCGGGCCAGAGUGGGCGGUGGUGGUGGGCAGGGCACUGGUGCUUCAUCACCCACACACCCGAACCCCCGCCCUCGCCUGUGCUAAUAUUCUCCUAGAUGACGAAAACACGUAACAUCUGUGUAGUGUUGCGGGAAGUGUCGUUUAAUGCUAUGGCGAUUGUAUGAGUGGAUGGUGUGUGUGUGUGAUUCACCUACGGUCGUCUGCUGGUCACCCAACCAGCCGUUCCCCUACGGAAAGAGCUCAGAGCUCAUGGUGACCGAUCCUGGGGUAAGACUGAGACCACUCACACACCACACACCGGGACAGCGAGGUCACAAUCCCUCGGGUAACAUCCUGUACCUACUUGCUGCUACGUAAACAGGGGCUACAUAUUACGAGCCUGGCCCAUUUGUCUCGCCGCGCCCGAGAUUCGGCCUUCUUGGUUGUGAGCCGGGGGUGCUAACCACUACACUACGCGGUGUGUGUGUGUGUGUGUGUGUGUGUGUGUGUGUGUGUGUGUGUGUGUGUGUGUGUGUGUGUGUGUGUGUGUGUGUGUGUGUGUGUGUGUGUAAGAUAGAUACAGUUCUAAAAGCUCGGAAUGCGUACGAGUUUUAUAUCAUCGAGAAUGAAUAAUACAAUAAGAGAAUGAUUGAAUAAACGAAUAAGUAAAUAGAGGUAAUUCCUUAUUGUAUCCAGUAAAUCUGCCUUAUGUUGGCCUUAAGAAGCAGAGUUUUAGGUAAGCUUUUCUUGCCAGGUGUGUGCAAGCACCUCCUCACGUCCACUGCUGAAUUUCUAAUGUUGAACAAAAUAAAUUCAAUGUGUUUU